UAGUCACACCGAUGAACAAAAAUGGGAAUCUGAGGAAGACGGUUUACUGGAAGCAGCGAAGUUUGGAUUACAAGCUAUGCAUGAUCUUUAUUAUGUUCAAGAACCUAAAUUAUAUUCAAUGGGUCUUUAUCUGGAAAGCGAAAAUCCAGCGAGAUACGUAGCAGCAUUUAAUGAUCAAUCAGAGGAAGCAAGAGACCUUGCAAGAUUUGGAUAUGCGGCCCUUCAAAGUACCUCUAUAUUUUUAAAAAAGUUUUCUAAUACACCAUUGGAAUUACCCUUAAUCCGAAAUAAGCUAACUAAAAGAACCUCGUUGGAACAACAAUGUCCACAAAGAGAUCCACCCCAAUGUCCACGGGCUAGUUUAAAAUACAGAACAUCUGACGGCAGCUGCAACAAUCUGCAGAAUCUUUGGUGGGGAUCCGCUAUGUCUAUAAUGCAGAGAUUUCUUUCACCGGAAUAUCACGAUGGCGUUCAAAGCAUUAGAAAGUCGAAAAACGGAAGACCACUUCCAAGCGCACGAGAUAUUACGAGCUUAAUCCAUGAAAACAAAGACGUACCUUUAGCUUCUGUUACUCACAUGCUAAUGCAGUGGGGGCAAUUUAUAGAUCAUGAUUUAACAGCAACUGGCCAAAGCAAAGGAUUUAAUGGCACAGUACCACAAUGUUGCUUACAAGGAGGCAUCGGUUUUCAACCGCCAGAAUUUAUGCAUCCAGAGUGUCUUCCGAUAGCAGUAAAUUCGCGCGACAAUUUCUAUGGUCCUUUGGGUGUAAGGUGUUUGGAAUUUCUCAGAAGCGGACCAGCUCCUAAGGAGGGCUGUGAAUUUGGACCGAGAGAACAAUUGUCCCAAGUGACCAGUUAUUUGGAUGCCUCCAUGGUUUACAGUAGUAAUGCCAUGCAUAGUGACAGUCUGAGAAUAUUUCGGAAUGGCUUACUGCAAUACGGAAAAAUACAGUCGCAAAGAUCAUUGCUUUUGAAACAUAAAUCGGAUUUAUGCAAACGCGGAUCUUUGUCUACAACUUGCUUCCGGGCUGGCGACGGACGUCUAAGUGAGCAACCUGCUCUUACGUCCCUGCACAUCGUCUUUCUAAGAUUGCACAAUAGAAUAGCCACGGAAUUAUCAGCCUUGAAUUCCCAUUGGAGUGACGAGAAACUUUUUCAAGAAGCACGAAGAAUCGUUGGCGCAAUAGUCCAACAUAUAACUUAUCGAGAAUUUCUGCCGAUCAUUCUUGGUCCUCAAGUGAUGAAAAUCUUUGAUUUGGAAGUUCAUAAAAAAGGUUAUUACAAAGGGUACGAUCCGACAGUAAAUCCCACCAUUGCAAAUUCAUUUUCUACAGCAGCUUAUCGAUUCGGACACUCACUGAUCCAGCGAAGUUUUAUUAGAUUUGACAGCAAUCACAAACCCAUUUUUAAUAAUGUUUCAAUUCAUGACGAGUUCAUCAACCCUGCGAAUUUGGACACAGCAGGAUCUGUCGAUCGCCUUCUUCUAGGAUUAAUAAAUCAACCAUGUCAGAGACGGGACGAAUUCAUAACCGAAGAGAUGACUAAUCAUCUUUUUCAAACGCCUGGUUUUCCAUUCGGCAUGGAUCUUGCUUCUCUCAAUAUUCAGCGGGGUAGAGAUCACGGUUUACCGCCUUACAUCCGAUGGCGUAAGCCUUGCAGCUUGAGUCCGAUAAGAACCUUUGAGGAUCUUAAUAAAGUGAUGUCGCUGGACGUCAUAAGAAAAUUAAAAUCAUUAUACUCAUCGGUGGAGGACAUUGAUCUCUUCUCGGCCGGUCUAGCAGAAAAAUCGAUAGUUGGCGGUCUAGUUGGUCCGACUUUUGCUUGUAUAAUCGCUCAACAAUUCAGUAAUCUACGACGUGGCGAUCGAUUCUGGUACGAAAAUCCCAAUAGCGAAAGCAGUUUUACCGCUGAUCAGUUGCAACAAAUCAGACAAGUCACUUUGGCCCAAGUACUGUGCCAAACGAUGGAUGGCAUUGAAACCAUACAACCAUUUGUUUUCCUCGCGAUGGAUUUAUUGAAGAAUCAACGUCUCUCUUGCGAUGAUUUAGCCAUAGGACAUCUGAGCCUUAAACUCUGGACUGAACAACCAUCUCAAUUCAAAAGCAACGUCGACAACUCGCAAAAAGUUAAACGAGCGGCGGCCGACACAAGUUUCUCUAUUUCUAAGUUAAAAGAGGAAAACAUUCAUCCUAGGAGAAAAGUUUAUCCUGAAAGUAAUCCCAAACAUACAAAAGUUACAACUCUAAAACCUUUCCAGAACAGCGUUAAUCAAGAAAAUAAAAUCAUUGUGAAUAGACUACUUGUGCGUCCAAACAACAACAACGUCACGAUUGUGGUCCAAAAUAAUGUCAUAAACGCGCCUGUUUUCGUAAACGAAGGUAUCUACGAUUCACAUAUUAAAAUUGGGGAACAGCUUCCUAUUAGUUCAAUUCUCCGACCGCAGGGAAAACCUAUACCGACGACUAUUCCUCAUUCAUCAAAUUUUUAUUUAGCACGUCAACCGUAUGUUCCCUACACUUUUAACGAUCCCCAUAAUCCGAAUCCAUUAGCCUAUGGAUACAGAUUGCCUCCUUUAGAGGAUGACGUCUUUUACAAUAACUAUUCUGCUACUAAUUCCAGACCUACUCUUAACACUUAUUAUACAAAUUUCCAGCAGACUACUACGCAAAUGCCACAGAUUAAUAGUUAUUUGAUUAAUUACGGACUUUUAUAUCACAAUUUGAUUCCAGCAUAUUCUUACAAAAAACCUAAACUUCUAGAAAAUUUCAAACAUCAUAAAUUAAAAAAUGAACAAAAUCUAGUCCAAACCGUUGAUCCUAACCUUUUAACAAAUAUGGAAUUGAUCAGACCUAAUUAUGCAUCAAGUAAUAAAUCUUAUAUACAUAAAUCAAAUUAUGAUGAAUAUAAUUAUCCAACACUAACGCGACCAAAUUUCCGACCGAAUUAUGCAACGAACGAUGAAUUUUAUCGUUCACAUAGAUCAAGUUAUAAGAAAUCUACAACUGUACGACUAAAUUCUGAACCAAAUUAUGAAAUAAAUAACGAAUCUCAUCAUACUCACAGACAAAAUUAUUGUGGAUAUAAACCUUCGACAAUCACACAGCCAAAUUACGUAUUAAAUAAUGAACCUUAUCAUACAGACAAACCAAAUAAUGACGAACAUAGGUUUUUAACAAGUAUGUAAUCAAAUCUUCAAUCGAAUUAUGAAUUCGAACGACAAAUUAUAUCACAGAUUAUAAUGUACUUAAAUUUCCAGGCAACUCGCGACCAAAUGAAAAU